AUGACCACUACACAUCUGUCUGUGCCUCUUGGAUGGCCCGUCUCUCAGCUUUCGUUGUCUUCUCCUUCAAUGGCUUUUAGCAGAACUCUGAUCCUUCGGCAUUUCAGCUUUUGGCCCUCCAUCUGUUUCAUUCACCAUCCGUUUAAACUCCAAAACCCCAUAUCAACACCCAAUUCUAAACCAAGAAAAAACAAGAAAUCUACACCUGGGGGCAGAUUUCGAAUAAUCUGCUUGGCCAUCGCCAUAUCAAAUCCGCCAGCUGGCAGCGAGCUGGCGAAUUUCCCGAAGCUCCCCUUGCGACUGAACCCUGGCGACGGCUGCUCCUCGGAAAAAUCGGCGGCAGCCGCGGGGGACAGAAACUCCGACGGGGGAAGAGAAGAAUCAGCGGUGCGGGAGCCGACGGGGAGGGGCGAGACGGACGGUGGGUGGGGGAAGUGGCGGGAGAGGUCGGCCGAGACGUGGCGCGGCGGCGGGAUCAUGACGGGAGACAGGGAGUUGCCGGCGGGGGACGCCGGCGGCGAGGAGGACGGCGGGGCAGGCAAGCCUGACUGGGUUCUGUCGGGAGGGGCGAAGAACCCGACCUGCCGGACCUUGGGGUCGAUGACAGUGCGGGGAACGCGGCGAGGGUCCAUGGGUUUAGGCACUCAAUAUUUUUCUUCUCGACUUCUGAUCUUUGUUGGGAUGAACAAAAUCUGCACCGUGCAUGUUAUUUGA